AUGCAUUGCACCGUCCUUCUCGCCCUGCUCCUGGCGGCCAUGGUGGCCAUCUCAUCGGCUGUAAGCACGACGUGUGCCCUCGGUCAUUGGGUCCAGGGCCGUAAAUCCGGGGGUGACCCGCCUACGUGUGGGGCGCCGAUUCAUUGCUAUAUGCAUCCAGCCAAAAUCCAAGGCUAUUGCAAGGAAAAACCCCCCGCCUGGUUCCUCCGCUGCGACAAAUGCAAUGUCGACAUUGGCCCGCAGCCGGCCCAGGAACCAUGCACUGCCAAUCACUUGAAACCUUGUCGCUGUGGCGACAUUCCGGCAACCCCAGCCAUUCGGCGCACCCCUGCCCCCGUUGCGCCACGCCGACCUUUCCCCUCUGGUUCCCGUCCACCACCCCUUCAACGCAACGAUGGAACCUUGCCAUUACCCCACCCGCCCUCUGGUUCCCGUCCACCACCCCAACGCCCCCAACGCAACGAUGGAACCUUCCCAUUGCCCAGCCCGUCCCCCUCUGCCCCUCCCCAACCCCCUCGGCUCCCCCCUGGAAUCUAUCGACUACCCCCUCCGCCCGCUUCUGGUAAUAAAUAG